AUAUCGAGCCCUUGCCCAGAAGCAGAUAAAAGGAAGAGAAUUGCCUUAAAAAUUCAUAACGCUGACGAGGGCUGCUCGUACUAGAACGGCUGCUAGAACGGCCUAGAACUGUCUACAGACAAGACAGAAUCACUGCAAGAUGAAGGCACCACUUGGUCUCACCCUUUGCUUGUUAGCGCAUUUUCUGGUUGAAGUGACGUGUGGUGGCGACGGAGGUUUCAACAUCCACGGUGGCUACUAUGAGGUUUUCAACGCAGAUUCUACCAGCAAGUUGGCUACCAAGUAUGAAUGGGGUGCUUUCGAUUCGGGUAGUCAGAGCAAUAGAAAGGUGAUUGACGGUCCUGAUGGGUUCUGCUGGUACAAUGGUCUCGCCUACUGUUUCCUGAAAUUUGUAGUCUCGAGUACAAGCCAGCCGAAUGAGGAGCACUACCAGAUUAUGGGUAGCAAGAUGGUUAUCAUGGACUACACGUCUUCAUACACGGUGCAAGACUACGGUUGGGGUGUCCAGGAAGCCUAUGAUGAGGUGGAAGGGAAUAUAAUCGCUGAAGGUUUCAUCUGGAGCGGCAUUGAGAACGAUUGGGGUUACGGUUAUCUACAUCUGUUUGUGAAGAAGACAACUCGUCCUUCCUUGUCUGAUGCCUUCUUGUUUGAGAGGCGAAAUGCUGGGUCUGAGAGUCAGGUUGCUCAGUCGAUAAUGACCGGGCAGAAAACACCAACAAGCGUCCCACAGAAGCUGUCUGACUUCCAAUGCUGGACCAGCAAAUGGAGCAGGGAUUCGAUAGGUCGGUGGACCAUGUACAGGCCGCAGACAAAGCUGGUUGACUACACCCCAAUCUACGCGGAGAAGACGGUUGAACCUAUCGAAUCACACAUCCUGAAGUCUCUCACCUUGGAGAACCAAGGAUCUGGAGUCACAUCGAAUGACUUCGCACAGCUUGGUUCCAGUGAGACCGUCAGUCUGUCGACCACAACCAGUAUCUCAUCCACGUUCGACUUCGCAGUCGACAUCGGGUCGAGCGUCUCAAUGGACAUUGGUUUUGUGUCGGCCUCUUUGGACAUCAAUCUUCACUUCGGCUACUCGUCAACAUCCUCGACAGAAGAGACCCAGACUUCCUCUACAACGUCAACCAUAUCCUGGCCGUCGACCUGCCCACCGGGGAUAAGGAUCGAUAUUGUCAUCUAUAAGAUUACGGAGAAGCAGACCGUUCCGAUUGAGUUCACGUUCGAACGCAACGGGGAACAGUUUUCAGAGACCCGGACCCUGGAAGCUACGGUGAACAAGCUGAAGCAGCAGUUGACCAAUUGCUGUUUGACAAAGUCAGCAAGUCCACAAUGCGGUUCUCUCGAGCUGAAAAUGUGUUAGACGAGUAGACCAAGGACCGACCAAAAUUUUAUUUUCUGUAGUAUAGAAUUGCCAUUCACAAAACAAAAUCAUGAUUUAUCUUUUAAGGAUUUCCAUGUUUGAAUUGAUUUAGAGAAAAAGCCCCCAUUUGAAAAGACCCACGACAGUGGCAAUUUUGAUGCACAGAAAAAAACAAUUUCGGACUGGAGUUAUGAAUAAUAAUAAGAAAAACUUUAGGUACGAUUGAAAUUUUCCAUUAGUUGACCACUGCAUGCAUGCUGGGCCAAAUUUCAUAAAGCCUGUAAGCGCAAAAACUUGCUAAGCAAGGAAAAAUAUCUAAACAGAAACAGGUAAUACCGACAAUUCAUCUCAUAUUUAUAUAAAUCUUUGUGAAAUCGAACACGCCUGUUAUAUUAUUUAGUUUGUUGUCAUAACCACAGCUUAUUCCCCUUGAUUUCACGAGUAUCAGUCAUUGGACCCUAAUGGUAAUUGUCAAAGACCAGUCUUCUCACUUGGUGUAUCUCAACAUAGGCAUAAAAUAACAAACCUGUGAAACCGUUAGAUCAAUCGGUCGUCGAAGUUGUAAGAUAAUAAAAAAAGGAAAAUCACUCUUCGAUGGAUUUAGAGUUGGAGCAUUCAAGCAAGCAUUUGAAAGCACACAACUUCGUGUGACAAGGGUAUUUUUUCUUUCAUUAUUAUCUCGCAACUUCGACGACC